AUGGAGGGGGAGGCAUGCUGGCUGCCCUGCCCUCUCUUCUCCCACCCCACUGUCUACAACUACAGCUCGAUCCAGGCAGCGGGCCUCAACCUAGUGUGGUACCACGUGGUUGCAGGUCAGGACAUGGAACAGCCCAUCGACUUCCACCACCCUGACCAGAGGCUCAGCAAGGAGAGGGAGAAGCUGUGGCUGCAGCCCACCACCACGCAGGACACGGGCCAGUACAUCUGCAUGCUGAGGUAGGAUGGAGACUGGGCUCGGGAGGCCCAGGAGUUUUGACCCAUGCAACCAAGAAAACCGGUCUAUGAGCAGAUGUUUGUAUAAAAAGUUAGACAUUCUUUUAAUCUUUUGAACCCAUCCAUUAUCUGUUGGACGGUCAGGAAGUGUGUCAUAUCCUGAGCCAAAACUUCCUGACCUACAAUAUCUGUUUUUUAGAAGGAUGACAGUCCAAGUUUGUCUGAUUAACAUGAUCUGUUUGUUUUGUGUGUGUGUGUACUUUCCCCUCUCAGAAACAGGACACUGUGUGCCAAGAUUGCAGUGCGUCUGGAGGUGGUGCCAAGUGGCCAGGACCCUAACUGUGAGGUGAAGUCUGCUGUGCCUCCCACCCUAGUCAUCGCGCCCUUACAGGAGGGCAGGAUCCUAACCUGCCCUGACCUGGAGGACAUCAAGCUGCCUAACACUAGCCACUCUGUCACCUGGUACCAUGUAAGGUGACCCUCGGUCUGUCUGUGUACAAUUAAUCUGACUUACCAUAUGGGAUAAUGGCUAGUAUUUUCACUUGGGUGCAGUACAUAGUACCAAUAGCAGCUAAGAAGGUGUAUCACUUGAUACAAUUUAAAAAAAAAUAGGUUCCUUAUUAAAAAGCACUGCUAUCAUCAGUAUACACCAGGGGUCAAAACAUUGUGGUCAGAUUGUAUACUAGGUUGUAAACAUGUUUUGGUUAUAAUUUGGGUUAGGCACUACAGGCUGAAAUUACAUCUACCUAUCAGUUUUGAGGGUUGUUGGUAUUUUGGUCUAUUAAUAUUAGUUAACAUACAAAUCUUGAUGAAAAUGUUUAUCUUUUUUAGUUUAUCAUCGAAAUUUCAUGAAUUUUAACCAAUUUAAAAUGGACAUACAUCCAACAUUUCAAAGCUCACUAUUUUGAAUUACACAUAAUUUAAAAGCAUUUCAUAGAGAAUGUAACAAACUGGACUAUAUGUAGUAACUUGGUGUUUGGGUCUAAAUAGGUGUUUGGUGUUUGGCAGUCUAAAUUGCGGGAUAUGCAAAUAUGCACAUAUUUGUAUUUAUUAUGAUCCCCCUCUUCCUGGGGUCCAGCAAAAUUAAGGCAGUUAUACAAUUUUAAAAACAUUACAAUAAAUUAAAAUUAAAAUUAAAAAACAUAAAUAAACACAUUAAGUGUGUGCCCUCAGGCCCCUACUCUACCACCACAUAUCUACAACACAAAAUCCAUGUGUAGGUGUGUGUGUAUAGUGCGUAUGUUAUUGUGUGUGUGUGUGUGUGUGUGUGUGUGUGUGUGUGUGUGUGUGUGUGCAUAUGUCUGUGCCUAUAUUUAAUGAGAGACCACCUAAUUUGCAUAUUUUAAUACAAUAUUCCAGAUUUUUUUAAAUACAAAAAGUUGAUUGUGAUAUGAUUAAGGGGAAAAAAAUCCCUAUUAGUAUGUGAUGUCUGGUUUUAAUUGUCCAGAAGACAUGACAUCUUGAUCACAUCAUGAAAAAGUUGUCUUGACCUGCUUUUAACAAAGACCUGUUCAUUGUAGUCUGGAUAUAUUAUCUCUUCUCAACCAGAAGACCAGCACUGUAACAGAUUGCUGUAUUUGUCUGUUUACAGUAAAACAUACAGUAAAGUACUGCUAUACCAGUUUACAAUAUGUUACUGUAGACCACAAUGCAUUCUGGUCUAGCAAAUUACUAAAUUUGUUAGCUGUAAAAUGAACAACAAAUGUUCAGCUAAGAUACUGGAUAGUAAAUUACAGUGAGUUCCUUUAUUUCAUAAAUGAAUGCCCAUGUUGUGCCCUUUCAAGGCUGAUUUAUAAAGUUUGACUGGUUUCAUGACUGAUUGCAACAUUUGAGGCCUCUCCAAUGUUCUAAGUUAAAUCAAUCUUUAAGUUUUGAGUUUGCUGAACAUAUCUUAUGUUUUGGCUGUCACAGUUGUAUGACAUCCAAAUAGUCAGACUGUUCGACAAGAUCUGACGUGAUGAACUAUACCUGGGUUGUCAAACUCAUUCGGUUUUCAACUCGGGCCGGAGGACCGCAAUGAAAAUUGGUUAUAUUUCCUCCCCGUCAGAAUUGUCCUCUAUCCAAAGUUUUUUGAAUUUUCAAUGCUCCCUGACUGUCUAGCUUUCAUUUCGGUGAUUUAUUAGCGAGCUGGAUACAGUCAAGAAAUUGUAUGAAUAUAGGUCGAUUAUAUAUAUAUAUUUUUUUUACUCAAACCACCCGCGGGCCGGAUUAGACCCCCUCAGCCUGCGUGCCGUAUGUUUGACAACCCUGUACUAUGCAAUUGUGAACUGAAUUAUCGAGGAUGCCAGGAGAACACUACCUGACCCAAUGUAUAGUGCCAACUGUAAAGUGGUCUGGGGCUGUUUUUCAUGGUUCGGGCUAGGCAACUUAGUUCCAGUGAAGGGAAAUCUUAAUGCUACAGCAUACAAUGACAUUCUAGACGAUUCUGUGCUUCCAACUUUGUGGCAGUUUGAGGAAGUCCCUUUCCUGUUUCAGCAUGACAAUGCCCCCGUGCACAAAGCGAGGUCCAUACAGAAAUUUGUCGAGAUCGGUGUGGAAGAACUUGACUGGCCUGCACAGAGCCCUGACCUCAACCCCAUCGAACACCUUUGGGAUGAAUUGGAACGCUGACUGCAAGCCAGGCCUAAUCGCCCAACAUCAGUGCCCGACCUCACUAAUGCUCUUGUGGCUGAAUGGAAGCAAGUACCCGCAGUAAUGUUCCAACAUCUAGUGGAAAGCAUUCCCAGAAGAGUGGAGGCUGUUAUAGAAGCAAAGGGGGACCAACUCCAUAUUAAUGCCCAUGAUUUUGGAAUGAGAUGUUCGAAGAGCAGGUGUCCACAUACCUUUGGCCAUGUGUAUGUCCUGUCAUGCUUUGUUACAGGUUAUAUUUGUUAGACCCAUUAGUGAGACCAACUCCUUGCCCUUGUGGUUAGUUUCUGCCCUGCUUGGCACUCAGCAUUAAGGAGAUGGAUUGGGGGUAAGUCUGCGAUAGACUGGCAUCCUGUCGUGUUGUAACGUGUUGCAUUCCACUUUUACAGUCAUGUUAUUGGCAACUUUUUUAUAGUUGAUUACUGUACAUUUUACCGGAUAAUGAUUGGUCAAAACUGCAUUCCAGCCGUUGUCUAUUCCACAAGUCACCACCGGCUAAAUCUAUGACAUUGAAAUGCCUGUUUACCCUGUUCCAUCUGACUGCACAAUCCCACUGUCUCAUCAGCUCAGCCAGGCAAUUUAUAUACUAGAUCUACACUGUAAAAACCAUCUAGAGAUUGUCUCCCAUUUCUUUUAGACUAUGGUUUUCAACAGCGGAGAUUUGUAAUAACCUUGCUGUCUGUCUCGCCGACAUUUGCAACAUUGUUUCAAUAUUGAAAUUUGAUCUCCAGCUGUCCUAUGAUAAUGAACAUGUCGGGAUUCGGGAUGAGACAGACAUGCUGGCAGCUUUUCUCAGCCAGUCCAAAUCAUGAAUAAGCAUAAUUUUUAUGGACACAGUGAGGGAAAAAAGUAUUUGAUCCCGUGCUGAUUUUGUAUGUUUACCCACUGACAAAGACAUGAUCAGUCUAUCAUUUUAAUGGUAGGUUUAUUUGAACAGUGAGAGACAGAAUAACAACAAAAAAAUCCAGAAAAACGCAUGUCAAAAAUGUUAUAAAUUGAUUUGCAUUUUAAUGAGGGAAAUAAGUAUUUGACCCCUCUGCAAAACAUUACUUAGUACUUGGUGGCAAAAUCCUUGUUGGCAAUCACAGAGGUCAGACGUUUCUUGUAGUUGGCCACCAGGUUUGCACACAUCUCAGGAGGGAUUUUGUCCCACUCCUCUUUGCAGAUCUUCUCCAAGUCAUUAAGGUUUCGAGGCUGACGUUUGGCAACUAGAACCUUCAGCUCCCUCCACAGAUUUUCUAUGGGAUUAAGGUAUGGAGACUGGCUAGGCCACUCCAGGACCUUAAUGUGCUUCUUCUUGAGCCACUCCUUUGUUGCCUUGGCCGUGUGUUUUGGGUCAUUGUCAUGCUGGAAUACCCAUCCACGACCCAUUUUCAAUGCCCUGGCUGAGGGAAGGAGGUUCUCACCCAAGAUUUGACGUACAUGGCCCCGUCCAUCAUCCCUUUGAUGUGGUGAAGUUGUCCUGUCCCCUUAGCAGAAAAACACCCCCAAAGCAUAAUGUUUCCACCUCCAUGUUUGACAGUGGGGAUGGUGUUCUUGGGGUCAUAGGCAGCAUUCCUCCUCCUCUAAACACGGCGAGUUGAGUUGGUGCCAAAGAGCUCGAUUUUGGUCUCAUCUGACCACAACACUUUCACCCAGUUCUCCUCUGAAUCAUUCAGAUGUUCAUUGGCAAACUUCAGACGGGCCUGUAUAUGUGCUUUCUUGAGCAGGGGGACCUUGCGGGUGCUGCAGGAUUUCAGUCCUUCACGGCGUAGUGUGUUUUUUUCUUGGUGACUAUGGUCCCAGCUGCCUUGGGAUCAUUGACAAGAUCGUCCCGUGUAGUUCUGGGCUGAUUCCUCACCGUUCUCAUGAUCAUUGCAACUCCACGAGGUGAGAUCUUGCAUGGAGCUCCAGGCCAAGGGAGAUUGACAGUUCUUUUGUGUUUCUUCCAUUUGCGAAUAAUCGCGCCAACUGUUGUCACCUUCUCACCAAGCUGCUUGGCGAUGGUCUUGUAGCCCAUUCCAGCCUUGUGUAGGUCUACAAUCUUGUCCCUGACAUCCUUGGAGAGCUCUUUGGUCUUGGCCAUGGUGGAGAGUUUGGAAUCUGAUUGAUUGAUUGCUUCUGUGGACAGGUGUCUUUUAUACAGGUAACAAGCUGAGAUUAGGAGCACUCGCUUUAAGAGUGUGCUCCUAAUCUCAGCUCGUUACCUGUAUAUAUGACACCUGGGAGCCAGAAAUCUUUCUGAUUGAGAGGGGGUCAAAUACUUAUUUCCCUCAUUAAAAUGCAAAUCAAUUUAUAACAUUUUUGACAUGCGUUUUUCUGGAUUUUUUUGUUGUUAUUCUGUCUCUCACUGUUCAAAUAAACCUACCAUUAAAAUUAUAGACAGAUCAUUUCUUUGUCAGUGGGCAAACGUACAAAAUCAGCAGGGGAUCAAAUACUUUUUUCCCUCACUGUAUAUUCAAAGACAUUUCAGUAGAAAACCACGAAAUUCAGCUAGUUUGCUGUCAUUCCAGCUUCAAUUUGAAGUGAUUGUGUUUGCUGUGUAGUUGGCUAUCUCUUCUGAACAGUGACCUGCCGAGAGAGCAAAUGUUCUAUGCCAGGCAAAAUCGCACAUCAUUAGCUCAUUGUUAUGGAUGUAUCCCCUAAAAAUCACUAGAAAACAGCUUAAACAAACGCAAAUGUAGCUACUUUCUGUUAUUCUGGCUGGACUGUUUGACGUGACUGUGUUAGCCAAAGUUGGCUAACUAGCAAGCAAGGGAUAAGAACGUUGCCAGCCAUCAUGGCAAUGGAACAUUUAGAACGUAACCUUGAUUUGCUGAAGGAAGGAACAAGACAUAACACACAACAUAGCCCCACUAUUGCCAAGCUCAGGGCCUGUUCAUAAAGAAGUAAUGUAGAUAGGCUAUAUCACCACAGGGUUCUAUACCCUUCAAGGGACUUACUUAAACUGUGCUCAGUUCCAUCAGCCUUUUUCUUCACGCUCAUUCUCUCACUGUACAGUACAGUAUGUGUUCACAUCAAGUUGUAACUGCAAGAACUGGUGUUAACUGUGGUACCAGGUAGAAUGUUUUGCUCAGUUCAGAUCUGUCUGUGUACAACUCAUUUGACCUCUUUGGUCCCUCUCUUCUACUAAAGAUUAUCUACUCCAGUGGAGACUGCUGAGGGGAGGACAGCUCAUAAUAAUUGCCGGAACGGAGCAAAUGGAAUGGCAUAAACACAUGGAAACCAUGUGUUUGAUGUAUUUAAUACCAUUUCACCAAUUCCGCUCCAGCCAUUACCACAAGCCCGUCCUCCCCAAUUAAGGUGCCACCAACCUCCUGUGAUCUACUCUGCUCUACUCCCCCCUCCCUAUCUGUGUUGACCUUGAGCAGGAGUGUAAUGCCUUCAGGAACAUCGAUCGUGUGUUCAAAGGAGACAAGCUGGUCAUCCAUGUAAUGUUGGAGCACUACCAAGGACUGUACCAAUGUGUGGUCACUUACGAGACCAAAGGAAGAGCCAUCAAAUUCACCAGAGUGGUCAAUGUAACUGCAGUGUGUAAGGCCUUUUUCACAACUAAUCUGAAUGUUUUGUAACUAUGAACGUUGCACUGUACAUCCUUUUGUUAAAGCAAUUCAAUGAUAUGUGUUUCCGGUAGUUAGGGUUAUGUUUUCUGGAUAACUAUCUGAUCUUGCAAUAUGAUAAUGUCAAACUUUCAACAAGUUGAGUGUAUUUUCUGCUUUGUGUUUCUCUCAGCUUCCAGUGGUUUACCCAAAAAGCCCAAUAUACUCAACCCUGCCAAGGAGCAACUCUAUCCCGUCAAACAAGGUAGGUAGAGAAGGACUAUCAGAUACAUCAGCAUAUCAAUAUAUUAUAUAUGUGGUCCUCUGUAGCUCAGCUGGUAGAGCACGGCGCUUGUAACGCCAAGGUAGUGGGUUCGAUCCCCGGGACCACCCAUACGUAAAAAUGUAUGCACGCAUGACUGUAAGUCGCUUUGGAUAAAAGCGUCUGCUAAAUGGCAUAUUAUAUUAUAUUAAGAUAUACACUGAGUGUACUAAACAUUAGGAACACUGCUCUUUCCAUGACAGACUGACCAAGUGAAAGCUAUGAUCCCUUGUUGUCACCUGUUGAAUCCACUUCAAUCAGUGUAGAUGAAGGGGAGGAGACAGGUUAAAGAAAGAUUUUUAAGCCUUGAGACAACUGGAUUGUGUAUGUGUGCCAUUCAGAGGGUGAAUGGGCAAGAAAAAAAGAUUUAAGUCCUUUAGAACGCGGUAUGGUAGUAGGUGCCAGGCGCACCGGUUUGUGUCAAGAACUGCAAUACUGCUGGGUUUUUCACGCUCAGCAGUUUCCCGUGUGUAUCAAGAAUGGUCCACCACACAAAGGACAUCCAGCCAACUUGACACAGAGAGAGCGAGAGUUGACAGCAGUACGAUGACAAAGCAUGGGUGAGAGAGAAAUGGUGUACGAGCUAAAGCUGUAGAAAUACUGAAAAGCAUAUACUGUACAUAUAUAUAUAUAAAAUAUUGGUUUAUGCAGACCAGUUAGCAACAUGCCAAUUAGGCACUAUUAUUAUUAUUGUUAUUAUUAUUAUUAUUAUUGUUAUUAUUAUUAUGUAGGUUUUAGCUAUAUAUAUAUAUAUAUAUAUAUAUAUAUAUAUAUAUAUAUAUAUAUAUACAGUUGAAGUCGGAAGUUUACAUAUACCUUAGCCAAAUACAUUUAAACUCAGUUUUUCACAAUUCCUGACAUUUAAUCCUAGUAAAAUUCCCUGUCUUAGGUCAGUUAGGAUCACCACUUUAUUUUAAGAAUGUGAAAUGUCAGAAUAAUUGUAGAGAGAAUGAUUUAUUUAAGCUUUUAUUUCUUUCAUCACAAUCCCAGUGGGUCAGAAGUUUACAUACACUCAAUUAGUAGCCUUUAAAUUGUUUAACUUGGGUCAAACGUUUCGGGUAGCCUUCCACAAGCUUCCCACAAUAAGUUGGGUACAUUUUGGCCCAUUCCUCCUGACAGAGCUGGUGUAACUGAGUCAGGUUUGUAGGCCUCCUUGCUCGCACACGCUUUUUCAGUUCUGCCCACACAUUUCUAUAGGAUUGAGGUCAGGGCGUUGUUGUCCUUAAGCCAUUUUGCCACAACUUUGGAAGUAUGCUUGGGGUCAUUGUCCAUUUGGAAGACCCAUUUGCGACCAAGCUUUAACUUCCUAACUGAUGUCUUGAGAUGUUGCUUCAAUAUAUCCACAUAAUUUUCCUUCCUCAUGAUGCCAUCUAUUUUGUGAAGUGCACCAGUCCCUCCUGCAGCAAAGCACCCCCACAACAUGAUGCUGCCACCCCCAUGCUUCACUGUUGGGAUGGUGUUCUUCGGCUUGCAAGCAACCCCCUUUUUCCUCCAAACAUAACGAUGGUCAUUAUGGCCAAAUAGUUAUAUUUUUGUUUCAUCAGACCAGAGGACAUUUCUCCAAAAAGUACCAUAUUUUGCAGAUGCAAACUGUAGUCUGGCCUUUUUAUGGCGUUUUUGGAGCAGUGGCUUCUUCCUUGCUGAGCGGCCUUUCAGGUUAUGUCGAUAUAGGACUCGUUUUACUGUGGAUAUAGAUACUUUUGUACCUGUUUCCUCCAGCAUCUUCACCAGGUCCUUUACUGUUGUUCUGGGAUUGAUUUGCACUUUUCGCACCAAAGUACGUUCAUCUCUAGGAUACAAAACGUGUCUCCUUCCUGAGCGGUAUGAAGGCUGCGUGGUCCCAUGGUGUUUAUACUUGCGUACUAUUGUUUGUACAGAUGAACGUGGUACCUUCAGGCAUUUGGAAAUUGCUCCCAAGGACGAACCAGACUUGUGGAGGUCUACAAUGUUUUUUCUGAGGUCUUGGCUGAUUUCUAUUAAUUUUCCCAUGAUGUCAAGCAAAGAGGCACUGAGUUUGAAGGUAGGCCUUGAAAUACAACCACAAGUACACCUCUAAAGCCUUGACAUCAUUUUCUGGAAUUUUCCAAGCUGUUUAAAAGGCACAGUCAACUUAGUGUAUGUAAACUUCUGACCAACUGGAAUUGUGAUACAGUGAAUUAUAAGUGAAAUAAUCUGUCUGUAAACAAUUGUUGGUAAAAUUACUUGUGUCAUGCACGAAGUAGAUGUCCUAACUGACUUGCCAAAACGAUAGUUUGUUAACAAGAAAUUUGCGGAGUGCUUGAAAAACAAGUUUUAAUGACUCCAACCUAAGUGUAUGUAAACUUCCGACUUCAACUGUAAGAACAGUUUAGCUGUUCUUUGGUUGUGCCAAUAAUAAUAUUUCCAUCACAGGGUGCAGACCAAAGUGACAGUUCCACAUUAAGUUGAUGUAAUUAAACAACUAUAUACUGUAGAACUACCUACUGUAGAACAUCUUACAGGACAUUACUGUUAAAUCGAGUAAAAUCACUACUAUUUCACAGAAUGUUACUUUUUUUGUGAGUUGUUGCUAUUCCUUUUUUCAUAUUAUAAAAAUGUUCUUGUGACAAAGUUGUAGUCAUGGCUGUAGCGAUUGGGUGAUAUUAUCAUGGUGACACAGUAGACAUUGUUCCUAUGGUUAUGCAGCAGUAUUGAUAGCCGUGGUGACUGUUGCAGGGUCAGAGGUGAAUCUCACAUGCAGGGUGUCUUUGCCCUACCUGGAAGGACCCAGGGAGACCUGGUGGACCAUCGAUGGGAAGACUGUAGAGCAGCUAGCUGAUCCCCGCAUCUCAUUCACUUCUAGGCAAGUCUCAUCCUCUUCUGUCUUGUCUUGUCUAGUCUCUUCUGUUACUUUCUAUUCUCUUCUCAUCUCUAUUCUUUUAUACUCCUCUUUUUGUUUGUUUUGUUUGUUUCAAUCCUCUCCUCUCAUUAUUCUGUCACUCCUUUCCAAUGUAUUCCUUCCCCUCAUCUCCUCUCUCCUCCCCUCACCUCUCUAUCCUACAGGGUUGUGUUGGAAUAUUUUGGGGACUGGACAGUUGAGAAUGUGCUCCGCAUCCAGGACUUCAGCUCAGAGGACCUGACCAGAGAAUACAACUGCUCCGGACGCAACGGCCGAGGCAUGUAGCCACCCGCAGGGCAGUGCUAGAAGAGGAGAGUGAGGAAUGAGUUAGCACAUCACAGAGCAUUUCUGUGGGAAUGUGCUGAAUGUUGUAUUAGUCACUAUGGGAAAGUAAUGUGUAGCUAGUGCUCUGUGGUUGAUCUUGUGGACUGUUGUGUGAUGGUUAGCAGUAGAGAUUUGGACUGUUUACUGUAACAUGAAUUAAAUAUUUCAAUACUCUAAUGAUCUUGAUUUUUAACUAGUUUGCCUUUUAUUCUCAGUUUUAAUGCUCUUUGUUUCCUUUAUUAGUAUGAUUUUUAUACCAUUGUUUUAUAUCUUGCUCUGUUUUAUCAUUUGGCUUUUUUUGUUUUAUUUUUACAUGCUACAUUCUUUAGUGUACGACUAUGUUUUAUUAUUUCAAGCAAUAACUGCAACCCCCUAGAGUCGAUUGACGCCCCGGUGCAUCAAUCUAAGUUACAUAGUAAAAAAGUCCCCAUCAAAAUCCAUCAGUUGAAGUUAGAGAUAUCUGAAGUUGGUAGUCUGUACCGUCGAUGUGCCAACUUCUGUUUGGUAGCGUCCGAACCGUUUGGGCUACAAAUUAAUGGGCUCGCACUGUGGAAAGCUGAGAUUCUCACGGACACGAUGGUGUUCUCUGUUUUGCUCUAGGACCCCGAUAAGUGUCACGCGGCUUUUCUGAAUGUAACCAGUACUGGUAAAAAAAAAAAUGGGGUUAAAUAUGUGUAUUUUUUUUUUAUAGAAAUAGAAUAAAAACAAACAAGCUAAAUUAUCCAUAGUAUGACCAUAUUAAAACAAUUCCAUAUGUCAGCUUAGCACCCCCCCCCCCCCCCCUUCCCCCAAUGUCUUAGGCUCUAAAGAAUUAACAUACAAAGUACAGUAUAUUAUCAGGUCACACCAAUCCUGUAGCCUAGAAGAGUUGGCUAUAUCACACCUUUCCUAUUUUAUGAGUUUUGUUGGGAUAAGCAGUCAUAACAGUGAGGGAGAGCAGGAUGAUACAUACAGGUAGGAGGGGUGGGAUUUGAUACAAUGCUACCACAGACUGAGGGAGACAUUUUCGUAGUGCAAAAUAAUUGUGCAAAGUGCAAAAAUUACAAUAAUCCUCAACAAUGUGCGUUAUAAAGAGGCAACUAUAGAUUAGCGGAGGCUCCUCAGAGGAGGAAGGGGAGGACCAUCCUCAGUGAAUUUCUUAAAAUUAAAAAUGGUAAAACAUUGAAUAACAAGACUAAAUAUAUCCACAUGUCACCAAAUAAUUUAUUAAAACACACUGUUUUGCAAUGAAAGGUCUACAGUAGCCUCAACAGCACUCUGUAUGGUAGCACCAUGGUGUAGCCGGAGGACAGCUAGCUUCCGUCCUCCUCUUGGUACAUUGACUUCAAUACAAAACCUAGGAGGCUCUUGGUUCUCACCCCCUUCAAUAGACUUACACAGUAAUUAUGACAAGUUCCGGAGGACGUCCUCCAACCUAUCAGAGCUCUUGCAGCAUGAACUGACAUGUUGUCCACCCAAUCAAAGGAUGAAAGGAGAGAAUGAAUCUAGUACUGAAAUCAUAAGCUACAGCUAGCUAGCACUGCAGUGCAUAACAUGUGAUGAGUAGUUGACUCAAAGAGCAAUAGUUGAACAGUUUUCAACCAAUUAAUUUCUUCAAAAAUUAAGGAGAACCAAGAGAGAGAGAGAGAGAGAGAGAGAGAGUGAGAGUAUCAUUUUUUUCAGUUUCACUUAGUUAUCUAGCAAAUGAAACUGGCUAGUUUAGUUACUCAAACAGAGGGAUGCUAUGUUAGCUAGUUGGCUAUGACUAUCCAACACAAAACUGGAACUCUUCCAAGUCAAGGUAAGCUUUUGGUUUUAUUAAAUGAUUGCCACUGGGGCCGGCCGGUCAAACCGCUUACUGACUAUACACUGUUAAGUUACUGAUUGUAGCGGGUUUACUAACGCAUUAGUUCUAUUAGCUAUGUUGACUCUGACGUUACUUUAGCUAAUAUGGGGACAACGAUGUUUGACUUGGAAAGGUUUUGACUUGGAAAGGUUUUUUCGCCUUGGUCACAUACAGCUGAUGUGUUCUUCAUUGAAGUCCACAAACAAAGGGAAAAGGUGAGAGGAGGAGAGCGCAUAGAGGCUAGAAUGAAUACAACGUGGCUGCUAUGAUCAGGGGUGUAUUCAUUCUGCUGAUUCUGUUGAAAAACGUUUCUUAAACGGAAGCAAACGAAACGGGGAUGAAAAUACCUGAAUUUGUACAAUAGAAACUCUCGUUUGUAACUGUUGGACUAACGAUUACACCCUAGAUAAGCUAGAUGCAGGCAAGAGUGUGCAAGGCCGUAUUGAACGUGUCACUGUCUGUCCAUGUGUCACUGUCUGUCAUCUAAAAUGUUUCUCUCCACCUGUGUGGACCCACGUUUUAAACUUUCAUUCAUAGGCUAGGUUGUAGCAACCUCAUGUUGAGUAUAGAGAAUAUUUGAGUAUCUUGUAGUAGCCUAAACCUAUCGAUGUUACAUUGAACUGGGUGAAUGGAAUAUGAAUGACAGUUAUCCAACAUGCUGUAAUAGAAAUAAGGCCAUGCUCAUGAAAAAUAAAAAUGGUCCUCCCUCAUCAUAAACGGCACUGACCACCACUGUUAUAGAUGUAUUGCUCAGUUUACUCAAUUCUUGUUAAAUCAUACUGCGAGAUUGGUCUCAAUGGGAAUCACCUGCCUAAAUAUACAGUAGGUAAAAUAAAAAAGUAGGUUUACGCUAUUUUUCGCACAAUUCUUUUGCACUGUGAAAAUGUCACCUUGAAUAGAGGUACAGUAUAUGCUGCAGGUGAUGGUGUUACCAACCAGGCCAGCCCGAGGCACCUAAUUCUCUAUUGUAAUGAAUUUUCAGUGUACCUGCCAUCUGUGGAGCUGGACUGUGGCCUGGGCGUGACUCUGUUCCUGAUGCUGGUGCUGUUCGUGGUCUACCACAUCUUCUGGCUGGAGCUGCUGCUGCUCUAUCGCUCCUGGUUCGGAACCGACGAACGCUCUACAGGUGGGACACCUACUGCACAGACAGUCCUGGCUAAGAAUAACCAACUAGGGCCAGUAGUUUUUCCUGACCACUUGACCUGGCCAAGAAAGUGUAGCUCCAACUUAUUCAACCUGACCUGGGAAAAACUGCAAGCAAUAGUUGUGACUUAACUCCAGGCCUUAGUUAGUUACCUGGAAAUUUGCCUGAUCCUAAUAAUGACAUCUGUGAAAAUACCUAUUUUUUUUUUCUUCCUCAUUCAGACAAGGAGUACGACAUCUACAUCUCGUACGCGAGGAAUAGCGAGGAGGAGCAAUUUGUCCUUUUGACACUGCGCAGGGUCCUGGAGAAUGAACUGGGCUAUACCGUCUGCAUCUUUGACAGGGACAGCCUUCCUGGAGGGAGUGAGUAUGGGAGAACCUCUAGAACCUUAGACAGAAUCUUAUGGUCUAGCGUCAGACACUGAUAUCAGUAUGGAACAUUCCAACAGCGGGAUGAGGAGUGUAUGAGCGAAAGGGGAACAGUGUGUAAGAAUGGACCAGUGGGUAGAAAUGUGUAGGAAUUGUGAGGGAGAUGAUUACAGACCGGAGGUUUUCCUGACAUGACCUGACCAGGAAAAACUCUAACAGCCUACAACUAGGGCCUGGAGUUUUCCCUGGUCAUGUCACAUGGUCAGCAAACCUCCCCUGGCCAUAACAAUGACACAUGCUAUGACCAUUAGAGGAUUCAGAGGUUUGGCCUGAAUGAAGGCUCUGCACUGAAUCACUGAUCUACAAAUCAUCUUGAAUCCCAAAUGCGCAAGCUGAGGCGGGCGAGAGUAGCCCUGGCGCUGGUCCGUUGGCAAGAGGACAAAUGCAGCGAGAUCUGUCCUCUAGGUUCUGGAAGCGACUCCGGGUGGAGCUACCUGUCAGAAGGAUUAAAGACCCGCUACAGAGCCAAGAUAGUAACGCUAUACCACUGCAGAAUAUAGCUAUAGACACACACCGCGAGCGUAAAAACAUAGUGGAGAAUACAGAAUGGCAUAGCAUAUACGUGACAUACGCACGCACACGCACACACACACAUACAUACAUACAUACAUACACACACGCACACACACACACACACACACACACACACACACACACACACACACACACACACACACACACACACACACACACACACACACCAUUGUUCCAUUAUUACACUGUUUCUUUUUUGUGAUUGAGAAACCAUUCAUCCAUUUGUUUUGCAUUCUGUUAAAUGUUAUUUUGAAAGUGUUUUACAUGUGUUGUAUCAUUUUGUAUAAUUCUUUCAUAUUAUGUACAUUUUUAUCUGAAUAAAUGCAUUUUUUUUAUAUCUCAAUAUCCGUUUCAUCCAUGUCAUUUAAUGUCAUCACAUUUUCAUUAAUGUUUGUCAUAUUAUGCAUAUGGCAUAUUAUUAUCUUUCACAUUGCUGUGUGUUUGGAGUUCCUGGUUGAAAUACAUUUAUGGAAGGUGAUAUCUAUGAUAGCUAUGAGUAUGUUGACAUUGUGCAUUUGUCAUUGUUUUUGAUAAUGGAAAAUCUAUAGGCUGAAAUUCAGUCGAACCUGCCAUAGCAAUGUUUAAUCAGUGUCUUUAAUCAGUUUGAUUAAUGUUCACAGUUGUGAGGGGAGUCCACUUGUUAGUGAUUAGUAUGUUUUUACAGUACACUUCUUUUACAUUAAGUUUUCACAGUACGUUUUUAUUUUUUUUACAGUACAUCAAAACUAUUCUGUAAUUUUAUUUGACCAUAGGAAGAAAAUCUAGCUUUGCAGGAUUUUUGCCUGUAAGCCAAAAGGGGUCACCUAAAUAGACAUAAAUACUGUCUACAAAUGAGCCUACCUCUCCACCCCAUCCGUGAGCAAAGUCAUAUAUGUUUGUUUGCCUAAAAUUAAAGAUUUGUUUGGUUUAAUGAGAUAAGAAAUGUAUAAAUUAGCGUAUGCAUUCAAUCCAAAAUUUGACGUAAAUAGUCAGCAACUGAACGCACAUAGUGUGUCUUUAAAUAACGCAAUGCGGUUUUAUUGAUUGUUGCCCAUAGUGUCAUAGUCCUGUCCUGGUGGGUUCCUAAGGUGAGUUUCUCUCCACUAGAUGUGUCGGAGGCUGUCCUCAGGUGUAUGCAGUCAAGCCGCCGGCUCCUGGUGGUCCUGAGCCCCGACUACCUGACAGAGAAGAGUGUCAGCCUGCUGGAGUGUCGCCUGGGCCUCUACAUCCAGCUCACCAGCCAUGCCCAAAUCAUCACCAUCCUUUACAGCCCCCUCCCGAGACUAUUGGCCUCUUGCACUGAGGCCCAGCAGCUACGCUGCAGUACCGCCACCAUCACCUGGAGGGGACGCCAGUCGGAGCCGCCCACCUCUCGCUUCUGGAAGCGCCUGCUCCUGGCCCUGCCUGUGAGGCCGCUGGCCCUGGGGAGGAGGCUCAUCGACAGCACCUCGUCCCACUCCGACCUGGCCGCUUCGUUGGGCCUGCAGCGCCAGCAGCAGGAUGCCGCCAAGCCACAGAGGCAGAGGGACGGCAAGGGUGCUGCAGGCAGAGGGAGGGGGCGCAAGUGGAGGAUACAGAGGAUACAGGAGGCUCGCAGCAGAGAGAUGUCAAAGGUUAAAGAGGUGGGCCACUUUAGGGAGCCCCGCGGGGUCUUGGGUAGGGCGGCGGCGAAGAUCCAGCUUCAUCAUCAACCCGUAGCAAACAGUAACAGACAGACCCAACCAGGACUUCACCCAAACAUCAGAGAGACCCAACCAGGACUUCAUCCAAGCAGCACAGAAACCCAACUAGGACGUCAUUCAAGCUGCACAGAAACCCAACCAGGACAUGACCCUAAGAGUACUGAAACUCAUCCUUCCCCUAACCAACCACAGAACUCUGAUAAC